GGCAUGAGGCUUGAUUCAGUACAUUUAUCCAUGCUGGUCAUCGGGGUCUCAUUCGCCUGCUACUCCCCGAGUUUGAAUUCCCUGCAGGACCAGGUUUACAAAUCCGCCGUGGUUAUCGAGGGCAAGGUGCAGUCUACGCCUGUGAACGUCUCCGCGGAGCCGUACCGUGUGAAUGUCAAAGUGCUGGAUGUUUGGCCCCUAAACAGCGGGGGUCUGGAGCGAGAACAGCUCGUCACCGUGGGGGAAUUUGGAUCUGAGGCUCCGUGCACCAAAGUGAAGAAGAACCACAAGUACAUUUUUUUCAUGGACCCCACUGACGAGCCCUUGGUUUUCAAGGCAUCGUUUGCGCCUCGGGACACGAGUGUGAAGAGCCUAAAAAAGGAUGUUGGGAAGAUCUUGUGUGAGGACUGCGCUGCGGCUCCAAAGUUAAAACCGAUGAGGAUUCCAAUAAUAGUGGACCAUGGAAGCAAGCUCAUAGUUAAGUGUGAGGCCACAGGGAACCCUCUCCCCACCUACAGAUGGUUCAAAGAUGGCAACGAGCUGAAGAAAAGCAAAAAAGUCAGAAUUAGGACCGGCACGAAAAACUCCAGACUCCAUAUCAGCAAAGCAAAACUGGAGGAUUCUGGGAAUUACACAUGUGUGGUGGAGAACCCGCUGGGAAAGGACAACUCCACUGGCACUGUUAACGUCCAAAGCAGUACAACCCCAACACAACCUCUGGCCUCAGGCCACGCCAGAGCAUGCAACGCUACAGAGAAGCCCUACUGUGUGAAUGGCGGCGACUGUUACUUCAUACAUGGUAUAAAUCAGCUCUCCUGCAAGUGUCCAAAUGACUUUACUGGUGAUCGCUGUCAAACCUACGUUAUGGCCAGUUUCUACCAGCAUCUUGGGAUUGAAUUUAUGGAGGCAGAGGAACUCUACCAGAAAAGAGUCCUGACAAUCACGGGUAUUUGUGUGGCUCUGUUGGUGGUGGGCAUCGUGUGUGUGGUUGCCUACUGUAAAACCAAGAAACAAAGAAAGAAGAUGCACAAUCAUCUGCGACAAAAUAUGUGUCCAGAACAUCCCAAUCGUAACCUUGCUAACGGACCCAAUCACCCAGGACCAGGCCCAGAAGAAAUCCCUAUGGCAGAUUACAUAUCAAAGAAUGUUCCUGCAACUGAACGAGUCAUACGGCCUGCAACAGAGGGAUCGUUCCCUGCCAGCCAUGCCUCUUCCAGAUCUCACAACUCUUCCACACGAGCCCAUUCAUCAACUCACAGACAUGAGGAACGGACAUGGAGCCUGGAACGCUCUGACAGCAUCCUCUCUGACUCGCCGGGAAUGAUGUCAUCAUCCGUGGGGACCAGUAAAUGCAGCAGUCCUGCGUGCAUGGAGGCACGGGCCCGGCGCGCUGCACACUGUGGUUACUCUGACCCCCAUCGGCCAGGCCUGCAGUACGGAGAUUCCUUUGACUCGCUGGGAGACUCUCCGCACAGCGACAGAUACGUGUCAGCUCUGACGACACCAGCCCGCCUCUCCCCAGUGGAUUUCCAUUACUCAUUGCCCUCGCAGGUGCCUACCUUCCAGAUCACAUCCCCCAAUGCCAGCCAUGCCAUGUCCCUCCCUCCUGCUGUCCACAACCCCUACCCUCUGGAGGAUGACCAGCCUCUGCUGCGUCGCUACCAGGUGCCCCUACAUGAUGCCCAGUGCCAGGAGCCCUACCGGCAGCAGCGUCGCACCUAUCUAAAUGACAGCAGGGGCAGCCUGCCCUCCAGCCCCUACCGGCUGGCUAAAGAAGAAGACUAUGAGACCACCCAGGAGUAUCUCUCCUCUCGGGAGCAACCAAAGAGAAGUGGGUCCAGUGGAACUGGUAGCCGGCGCUGGCGAAGAUCCAGACUGAAUGGCCACGUGGCCCCGCGUGGAUAUGAGGCAUCUCGGGACUAUGGGUCUCGAAGCUGCCUAACAGAUAGUGAGUCAGAGGAGGACGGUGAGAGCACGCCCUUCCUCAGUAUGCAGAACAUGAAUGCCGAGCCCUCCACCAUCUACAGGCCGGUGGACAGUCGGACUUCUCACUCAUCGGGGCGGCACAGUGGGCAUGGGAACAUGCAUACAAGACUUACACACUCACGCUCCAAACCGGACAAUACACCCCAUUAAAGAGUGAAAAUGAACCAACAAAAAUCAAUAUAGUAUAGACCUGCAUCUAUAAGAAAUAUUUUUAUUUUAUAUAACUGACAGAUAUUCUAAACAAAUGAAAUAUUUAUUUUCAUUUUAGCAAAAGUUGUCUACUAGUUAACAGCAAAGACUUUUUUAUAGGGAAAACUCUAUUUAUAUGUACAUUUUGAUUUACAGCAUAAAAAGAUGUGCCAGUUUUUUCACAACGUAAAAAAUAGAGUAAUAUUGUGGUGCCUUUUGCUGUAUGCCGAUGCCAGAGGGCCAGUGGAGGUUUUUGUAGCCUUUCUUAUAUGGACGCCUCAUUUUUUAUACACGUUUAUGUUUUUUUUUCCUCUCUGGUUUCCUGUUUUACUUUCUUUCCAAGUUGCAUUCUUUGAGGAGUCUAGCCCCACUGGAACAUAACCCCUUCCAUGUCACGCAAUAUAAACCACUUCAACAUAAAGUGUAUGUUUACAUUAAUAUGAUUCGCCUGUAGGGUUUAUGAUUUGGGAUCUAAUAGAACGCCUGAUAAAUACAAUGUAGAUCCUUUUUGCCCUCUGACUAAUGUCUACAGAGAAAGAGACAGUGAGAGAUCGUGUGGUUGUGUAUGUGUGUGUAAAUGCCUGUGUGCGUGUGUGUGCGCAUGUCAGUUUGCUUGCAUGUAUUUGUGAUUGUUAGAUGAAUUUCAUUGUUUGUUGUGGUGACAUCAAACGUGUGGGUCUGACAAAAGAGUGUGUCAGAGGUUCACAGAAUAGUGCUUUAUCAGAACAGUGACCCCCAGUGUAGAUGGACAGGUAAGGCUGCUGUAGGGUUGUAUGUUAUGCAGGUCAUUGCUUGAUGUGUUUACAGCUAUUCUGCCCAUUUCCCAGCUGGCCCCAGUUAAGUCCCCCUUUUUAUUUCCCAGCAGGUUUUUCCUCAUGUUAGUCUGUUAUGAGGCCAACAAACGCUGAGCCACUUGGCACAGGGUGACCUCUGCCAUCAGAGGUGAUGGCAAAACAAAAAGAUUGCAUCUGUUUUCACUCAACUCAGCCCUUAACCCCCGUGCCUCAUCAUCCUUCUGUGUCCAUUCUGUUUUUGUGGCUCGUGUUAAAGGCCACACAGUGUCUCAGGAUUUCCACACGCACCCCUCCCCUCCCCAGUCGUUCACCCUGUCCCUCAACUUAAGGUCUACCUUAGACUACAGUUCUCAGAUAACGAAGGCCUAAAUGUUAACAUACAGCCUACCAGUUCCCUGAACACUCACAUACAUACAUACAGACAGACAGAGAAAAGGAAAGCUUAGUGGAGAAAAGUGCAGAACACACCAGACAAUAUAAAUGAAAUAGCUGUGAAACUUCGGAGGAUCAUACAAUGCAAAAAUAUGCAAACUUUCUAUUUUGCUGUUUGAUUACAUCAUUUUCUAAGAGGUGACUGUAGUGUGUUGUGUGUGGGGAAAAACUAUGUGAUGCCUAUAGUGUAGAAUGAAAUAACAUGGUAUAAAUGCAUAUUUACAUGAGUUUUACAUUAUUUACAUUAGUUUUUAAAGCCAUUAUGCAGCCAUCUAUGAAGUUGUCAGCCUUUCUUGUUCACAUACUCAUGUCCAUUGGAUGAGUGUGUCCAUUGAUUGUUUUCUCACUCGGUUUAGGCCGCUCCACUUAACAUGCGCACUUCCAAGUAAUGUCAAAUAGCAUCCAGAUAGUGUCUCCUCCCAAUAGUACUGUGUACUGCUUUGUCUUGUUGACAGAUAAAUUUUCUCCGUAAAUUAUGAUGAUUUUCAAAGUAAAACAUUUAAGCCCCUGUCCUCCACUGAGAGAAUAUCUUAAAGGUAAUCCAAGAAAUGUCAAACCCAUUCAAAGUGACACAGUGAGAAGAGAGCAGUUGAUGUUUCAUCACUGUUGGUAUGUUUCUACUCCUUGUUGAAAAAAAAGAUGAAUUAUCAGAUUAUUAUCGGUAAAAAAAAAAACAUAAAAAAAUUGAUCUGCAAUUCUUACUGCUAUAUGGUAAAUGCACAGUGGUACUGUAAUAGAGAAAGGUCUUUGGUCACACCUCACUUGCAGAUAUUUCAUUGAGUUUCUCACCUCUGGGUCUAAUUUUGUAUGUCUGAAAAAUGCAAAAGAAGACAGUGCUCCUCUAGUUUAAAUGUGAUACUCCCUUCACUUUGCCAGUCCUCUCACCCAACUGAGAUGCUACCAGGCACGUCCUGCUGGUCUCUUCUGUUUAAUUUUAUGACCCCACCCCUCGCUUGAAAUGUUUGAACACCUCUCCUCUGCAUGUCCUUGUGGUCACGGUUAGAUGGGUGCAUGGUAAAAAAGCAGCAGACAAUUCUUUUCCAGUCAGUGAAAGUGUAUUUCAUUUAACAUUCAGCAAUAAAAAAGAACCUUUCCCCCAUGUCAUUCCUGAAAUAUGCUAGAAAAAAAAGAAAAAAAUGCGAGAUUGUCAUAGAUUGUAAAAUAAAAUGAAAAUUGAAUCCACCUGUUCAUAUGAGAAAAUAAAUCUUUAUUCAUAUCAUUUUACGAUGUAGUUAUUUCUGUAGAAAGCUUGGCUCUGCAUUUUGAUUAUCUUGAGGUUUGACUUGCAUAUGACACUCAUAAAAUCUGAUUUUGAUUUAUGUUUUAUAUGGUUAUUAAUGGGUUAUAGGUUAUGAAAACUGUUUGGUAGUUGUGCUCCCUGAAGUCUGAGCGAAUACAGUAAGUACCAGACACUCGUACAAAUCACAUAAAAGCACACAUCCUCCACUUUCUGAAUGGUUUAAAAUUAUUAAACUGUUUAAAAAAAAAGAAAAACAUUA